AUGUAUAAUGGUGGGAAGUCGAGUGGCUCAUUGCCGUUCAUCAAGCGGGAUCAAAUUCGAAGGGAUUUCUUGCGUACUAGAAUGAAGCGCAAUGCUCCUUCGAAAGUAGGACCUGAUGGAGUGAAAAAGGAAGAUCCAGAGGUUAUGGAAGAGCAUGCGAGACAAUUGCUGCAGGGUGGCAGUGGUACUGGCAUUGUGAAGCGUGAGGAUGCCUCAGAUUAUCAAGAAUUCCCAUUGCGAGCAGCGAACGCGAAGGAUUUGGCGAGUAUGAAAGUACAUCUGCUAAAGUUCCAGUCGAAAAAGAAGAUAGAACCCAGUAAAGAUUUCCACCUACCUAUUAGGCUGCAUCGGAAGGAUACUAGGAAUGUUCAGUUCCAACUUACACGUGCGGAAAUUGUUCAGAGACAGAAAGAGAUUGCAGCUUAUAAAAAGAGGUUAGAAGAUGAAAAGGGCUCCGCUGCAGAAGAAGGCGGAUCGGUCUCUACACCAUCAUCAGCAGCAGAACCAGUGCUGUCCAAAGGUUCUGGUGAGUUACAAGAGGGAUCUAGCGAAGCCAUCAAUGAGGAAUCUAAGGACGUGGCCACGGAAGCAGCGAAUACACCAGCACCUGGAACGAAGCUGGAGGAUGCUGGCCCGGCAGAAGAUCCUUCCAAGAUUGGUCUAGUUAAAUAUGAUGGCAAAGAGCCCCUUGCAGCUGACUUUCAGGCCGGUACGACAGACCCGUUAGCAGAUGUUGCUCCUGACGGAGGCGGUCGGUUCCGGAGGGGCAAUUCAAAGAGGAAGACAAGGCAAUUAAAGCUUUUAGACGAAAAAGCGCGCCAGUUAAGAUUCGAGGAAUUUUACCCCUGGGUUAUGGAGGAUUUCGAUGGUUUAAACACAUGGGUUGGAUCAUAUGAGGCGGGAAAUUCCGACGCUUAUGUCUUUUUGAGUGCGGAAGAUGACGGAAGCUUCACUAUGAUACCAGCAGAUAAGGUCUACCGGUUUACAGCAAGAAACAAGUAUGCAACAUUAACUAUUGAGGAGGCAGAAAAGCGUAUGGAAAAAAAUGGUGCAGGUGCGCCUCGUUGGUUAAUGAAACAUCUCGAUAAUAUCGGUACUACUACUACUCGGUAUGAUAGAACUAGAAGGAGACUGAAAGCUGUCGACGGCAACGAUCGUCAAGGGGGUGAUGAUCGUUUGGACAACUCAGAAGUUGAACUGGAUUAUGAUGAAGAGUUUGCCGAUGAUGAAGAGGCACCAAUUAUAGACGGUAAUGAAGAAGAAAACAAAGAAUCAGAACAAAGGAUCAAGAAGGAAAUGUUGCAAGCUAAUGCAAUGGGAUUGCGUGAUGAUGAUUUAGAGGAUGAUGACGAUGCACUUUUCGGUGAAAAGAAAAUCGAUGAAGAGGGAGAGAAAGUGAAGAAGGCGCUACUGAAAACUGAUCUUGGUGCACUAUACGAGUCAGACGAAGAUUCCAACCCUUAUCUAUCAGAAUCUGAGGUAGAGGAGAACGAUGAAAAUAAAGCUAAAAAAGAGGAUCAAGCAGACGACAGUCUAAGUAGAAAAUCCUCACCAAAGAAGAAGACUUCCAGAAGCCCAUUUGCUGGCCCGCGGAUUUUUGUAAAGAGGAUCAAGAACUGUGUCAUUGUUUUGAAUGCAGAUAAAUCUGUAUUAAACAAUUUUCCUCCUGGACAUUGGAACCCCAACGCUAAGAAGCAGAAAGUUGACGCAAGACAUUCCGUCGAUAACCGUUCUACUUCAAUUAACCAGGACGAUAGCACUAAUUUGGAGGGCACUGAUUUAUUGACAGAGGAAGAUAUAGUUUCUGCUGUUAAAGGCAAAAAGAUUACUUUAAAGCAACUAAUCAAGGACCUGAAGUCCAAAAUCAGCAGACAUCCCGAGAACAAGGCUAGAAUGAAGUUGUAUUUCAAGAAGCUUGUCAAGCUAAACGGCGAAUACUUGGAACUGGUAAAAGGCUGA